AUGUCCGACAUUGAUGAAGAGUCUUCGAAAUUAUUCUCGUAAGAUUCUAUGCAGCAGGACGAUGACGACGAACAUUAGAGAUUAGACAACGAUGACAUUUGGAAGGUCCUUCAAAUGUUUUUUUAAACUCAUGGAUUGGUCUCAUAGUAAAUAGGCUCGUAUGAAAGCUUCGUUGAAAAUGUGAUCAAAUUUGUAAGAGGACAUGAAGGUACUUUUGUUGUCAGAGUCAAACCUCAAUACAAAGAAGAAGAGCGGCAAGAAGCUUAUCUUGAAUACCUAUAUCAAUUCUAAAUAACAAGAUGUUUCAUGGGAAAAAAGAAUAUUCACGUGGAUAAAUUUGAGGAAGAAAUCUUUCCUAUGAUCGCUCGAUUAAGAGAUCUUACCUACUCAAGAUAACUAAAAAUAGACUUAGAAGUCACGAUGUAAUAAAGAAAUAAAAGGGAUGGCACAAUAGAAGAGAAAAGUAAACAAUAAUUUAAAGGACUACCUUUUUUCAAAUUGCCCAUAAUGGUAAGAAGUAGGUUUUGUUCAUUGCAAAAAGAUCCGAAGGAUGCUGAACUAAUAUAGCUGAGAAUAUAAAAUGGGGAGUGUGGAUUCGAUCAAGGAGGAUAUUUUAUAUUAAGAGGAUCUGAAAAAGUUAUUGUUGCUUAGGAAAGAAUUGCAAACAAUGUGGUGUUAGUUUUCAAAAGCAAAAUAGUCAAUAAACCAUGGGUGGCUGAAAUUAGAUCAUAACCAGACUUAUUUUCCAAUCCAAAUGUCUUUAAAGUUGAACUUCGAUAUAUUUAAAACACUCCUGUUAUCAGAUGCAGUGUUAAACAAUUCAAUUCAACUCAAGGAAUACCACUUUUUACUUUAUUCAGAGCCUUGGGCAUCAGUAGUGAUUAAGAGAUUUUAGAAAGGAUCGUUUACAAUUUAGAAGAUGAAUUUAUGGGUCCCAUGUUAGAAAUGUUGUAUGGGUCUUUGCAGGAAGGAGGUGAAUAUGAAGAUGAAGAAUUAUGUUUGAGAUGGAUAGGAAAUAAAAUAAAGAAGGCUGAAAAUUAAGAUCCUGAAACUUUGAUUUAGGAGGCUAAAAAAUUGAUUAAUAAAAAUAUCUUACCACAUAUUGGAGUCUCAACUGAAAGUAGAGACAGAAAAGCUUAUUUUUUGGGAUAUAUAGUUCAUAGACUAUUGAAUGCAUCAUUGGGAAAAACAGAUUAGGAUGACAGAGAUCAUUAUGGCAAAAAAAGAUUGGACAUGGCCGGAGCUAUGAUGAUGGGAGUGUUCAAGACAUCAUUCGAAUAAUUUAAAUAGAAUUCUAAAAAGGCCUUAGAGAAAUACAUCAAUGGGGGAAGAAGAGGAAGAGGAUAACAAACAAAAAUAGAGAAUAUGAGACAGCCCGAUGAUAUUAAAUCCUUUUUUGAUGGAGAAUAAAUAUCCAAAGACAUCGACAAUGCAUUAGCCACUGGAAAUUGGGGAAGAAGUAAGGAAGGUUAAGUUGUUAAGACAGGAGUGGCUUAAACUUUAAAGAGAGAGACAUCAUUAUUUGCAACUCUUAGUCAUUUGAGAAGGAUGAACGCACCAAUUAAUCCAUAAAUGAAAUUGAGUAAACCUAGACAAUUACAUAACACUCAUUUUGGAUUCAUCUGUCCAGCUGAAACACCUGAAGGAUAAAAAAUUGGUAUCGUCAAGAACUUAUCUUUAAUGACUACUGUUUCAAAUGAUUUAUAAUCAAAAGACAAAGAAACAUUGUUAAAAUUGAUUAUGGUUUCUUAAUAAAAUGACUUUGACUUUAUCUUGCUUCAAGGAGAUUUCUAAGCCUAAGACAUACCCAGAAUGACGAAAGUAUUAGUCGAUGGUAAUUGGAUAGGAUUUACUAGAAACCCUGAAUAAUUCAUUCAUGAAUUCAAAAACCUUAGAUCCGCUGAAGAAUCUUACAUUCCUAUUGAAGUAUCCAUCAACUUCGAUUACGUGAAUAAAGAAAUUAGAAUCUACACUGAUGCUGGAAGAUGCAUGAGACCUUUAUUUAUUGUCCAGAAUAAUAAAUUAAAGUUGAUGAAGGGUGUUCUAAAUCAAAUAAAUGAUUGGGAAGAAUUAUUGAAAAAUAAAUGUGUAGAAUUAUUGGAUGUCGAAGAAGAGGAAGGUUCUUUAAUAGCCAUGGACAUAGAUAUUAUGAUGAGAGGUACACAGAACUUUAAGAGAUACACUCAUUGCGAAAUACACCCAUGUAUGAUGUUUGGUGUUUGUGCAUCAGUUAUUCCAUUUGCUAAUCACAACUAAGGGCCAAGGAAUACUUUAUAAAGCGCUAUGGGUAAAUAGGCUAUGGGAUUGAAUUCAACAAAUUUCAAUAUCAGAUUUGACACAUUGGUUCAUAUCUUACAUUAUCCUCAAAAACCCUUAGCAUCAUCAAGAGCAGUAGAUUUUAUCACAGUUAAUGAAGUUCCCAUAGGCAUAAAUUGCGUUACAUCAAUUGCAUGUUUUACAGGGUAUAACCAAGAAGAUUCAAUUAUUAUCAAUUAGUAUGCAAUAGACAGAGGAUUCUUCCGAUCUGUCUUCUAUAGAACAUAUAAAGAAUCAGAGGAUAAGGAUCCUGAUAAUUUCACUGAAACUAAAAUAACAAAACCUAUUGGUGACAAUUUUGCAGGCAAAUUAUUUAUCAAAUUAGAUAGUGAUGGAAUUGUACCACCAGGAACUAAAGUAGAUGAAGAGGAGCCUAUUAUAGGAAAAGAAUUAAUUAUAGAUAAUAUAAUGUUGAACACAGCAAACGGUUAAAAAAAUACAAAGGAAUGUUCAUUAUUAACAAGGAGAGCAGAAAGAGGAGUUGUUGAUUCUGUUUUGAUUAGCGAAAAUCAGAAAGGAUAUAAAUUAGUAAAAGUAAAGGUGAGGUCAUUAAGAAUCCCACAAAUCGGAGACAAGUUUUGCAGCAGACAUGGACAAAAGGGAACUUGUGGAAUGACUUAUCGACAAGAAGAUUUACCUUACACUCUUGUAGGCAUUUCUCCAGAUUUAACUAUCAAUCCACAUUGUAUUCCAUCAAGAAUGACCAUAGGACAUUUAAUUGAAUGUUUGUCAUCAAAAUUAGCUUCCAUCAAGGGGUAGUUCAAUGAUGCUACACCAUUUGCAUAGAUAUUAGUAAAUGAUAUUGCUAAUGAAUUGCAUAAAGUUGGAUGGCAAAAAUGGGGUAAUGAGGUUAUGACGAAUCCCUACACGGGUAAUAUGUUUUCAAUUCCUAUUUUUGUUGGACCUACUUAUUAUUAGAGAUUAAGACAUUUAGUAGAUGAUAAGAUGUAUGCAAGAUCGAGAGGACCUGUAACUGGAAUCACCAGAUAACCUACUCAUGGUAGGAGUAGAAAGGGAGGAUUAAGAUUCGGUGAAAUGGAAAGAGAUUGCAUUAUUUCACAUGGCACUGCUAAAUUUUUAAAGGAAAGGACAUAUGAUGUAUCAGAUGCAUUCAGAGUUCACGUUUGUUCUAAAUGUGGAAUGUUUGCUGUUGCUAAUUUGGAAAAUCAAGAAUUCUACUGCAAUUUAUGCAAAAAUCAAAAUAAUCAAAAUAAAAUUUAUUAAGUUCAAAUGCCAUAUGCAGCAAAGACCCUAAUUUAAGAGCUGAUUUCAAUGAAUAUUGCUCCGAGAUUGAAAUUUGAUUAAUCGAAAAUGAAACAUGAAAUUUGA